AACCAAGCAACAUGGCGCGCCGUCUGACGUUUGUCCAGGCCGACUUCGAUCACUCCUUUUGACAAUUGAUCCGCGUAUAUUGUACGCAUAAAUUAAUCUAAAUAUUGGCAUUCGCGUAAAUAUUUUAGCCUAGAUUUAAACCUAUGGAGAGAUUGAUCAGUAACAGUAGCCUACUUUACGAAUGAAGGCUUUGUCAAAUCCUUUUGAUGGAUUAUGGGCACGUCCUUGUGUUUAUUAAUAGACCUAUUCGGGGAUGUUGGUAAACAAAUACACUGGAUAUAGUAAUCCUGUUUUUAUUCGAUCGUUUUAGCUUAUUGUGCCAGACACUCCUCAAGCACAAUUACAGUAUAGCCCAGGCUAUGAGUAAGAGGGGGGGGUGAGUGCCCCGGCCCAGAGUGAGCUGCAGACGGGGGGUUGGGUGGCUGUGCGGAUUGGUCGCUUUCUCACUUGCAGUCAGUCAGCCUCGGCUUGUUUUAACCUAACCAGGGGCAUUUCGACAGAACGAUAAUAAGCAUGUAGUGUAUAAUAUUGCAUUGUUGUAAUAGACCAAUGUGUGACACAUUGACGCUUGCAGCUGUACAGAUUGUGGGAUGCUUUCAUUUUUAUUUUGUCAAGUGGUGAUUGUUUUUAAACGGGCCGCCGCUGCUCAGGCAGAUGAAGUGGAGAGAAUGAGAGCCGAGUCUUGGCCUAGUGCUGCUGCUUGCUGGGAUUGUAGCCUCCAGAUCCGCUUUCACAAAUCGAAAAAAACACACGCUUCAUGUCCAAUUCCAAAAGACCCGCAGUUGGUUUCGUGGUAACCGACCUCCAAAUGGAAAGAGCCAUGACAACAUGAAUCAGUCAUACAGACGGGCUGCCAGGAGUGGCUCAGCAUACGGCCAAGGCCAGCCAGAGCUGAGGACCUCCAACGGCCUCCCCUCCACCACACCUUCCUCAUAUGGAACCCAGAACAGCAGCUCCAAGCGUGGCCACGAGCAACCGUCCGCCAUGCACCUUGCUUCCUCCAGCCUCAGACCGGCCCCGGCUCACGGACACAGCGGGCCGGAGAGGUCCUCCCACAGCUACGGCUCGUUGAUCAGGCUCCAGGACCUCUCCACGAUGAGCCACGGCCGGCCAGAGCACCACAAGGACCUCCACCACGGCAGGAACCAUUUGCACUCUUCAAGUCCGCAAGGACGCUCCGAAUUCGGGUCUCCCCUCCCGCAGCGCCCCCCCUCUCCCGGUAACGACGAGUCCUUCGGGUCCCUUCAGGGCCUAGACAAGAACGGCUUCUCCCCUCACAGCCCCGACAGCCUGGAGCCUUGCUCGCCCAUCCCAAACGGAUACCUGCACUUCGAGUCCACCCUGUUUGACAACGGGGACGUCAAGGAAGAGGAGGACGAGCUGGUCCCCUUCCAGCCGUCCCUGGGACGCUUCCGGGACAGGGCAGCGACGGGGCCGCCGGCCGCCACGCUCGCGGCCGCCCCCUGCCCCCGCGCCAGGCUGGAGCACAGCGCGUACAAACCUGCCGUCUUCAACCUGAUGGCGAAGACCAUUGCGGAGCUCCACCCCGCCCUCAGCCCCAGCGCUCUGCCGGACGUGGGGAUGGGGGACGGGUGGAGCAUGGACGAGGAGUCGGACAGUGACAGUGAACUGGCCUCGACUCCAGACCACGGGCUGAUGUCGCCCACCAGCAGUUGUAACUCCAACCCCAGCAGCCCUAAAAAGAAGGCUGUGCCCCCUGUCAGGUACGUGGAGGGGAACCUGGUGUGGGCCAAGUUCAACCGUCGCCCCUGGUGGCCCUGCAAGGUCACCACACACCCUCAGGACGGAGUCCACACCAAGAUGAAGGGGCCUAGUCGCAGGCCCUGCCGUAUGUACUUCCUGGAGACGGUGGGGGAGAUGGCGGACCACGCCUGGGUCCCAGGGAAGGCCACGCUUCCCUUCCAGGGAGGACACCAGUUCCAGAACCUUCCUGUGCUGAGACGCAGAGGCAGGCAGAGGGAGAAGGACUACAAGUACACGAUACCCAAACGCCUGAUGGAAGCGUGGAAGGUCAGCGUGCUGGAGGCAGAGUUCCAACUGCCAGACCUGCUGAAGAGGGAGUCCAAGGACCCCACCGUGACCUUCAGCAGAGAAGACGUGGUGCCCUCCCCAGCGCCUGAGGAAAAAGCCCCGGAGGCCCCCUCCUGCUCCGCUGGCCUCACGCAACCUCCCCUCCUCAGCCCCGUCGCCAACGGAGGCGAGCGGCAGCCUGUCAAGAACUCGGUAGACGCUCACCACGGCAACAAGAAGAAACCCUGUAAGAAGAAAAGAGGCUUGUCGGAGAUUUUCGGCCACAUCGUCGGGGGACACAAGGAGCCCUCCAGCAUCUCUGAAGUGGCGGACAGAAUCUCCGCUGACGGGGAGACACGGAGGGAGGAGGCCAAGGACUCCCCGUACGCCGACCUGGACUCCGUCCCCAUGAUCCUGUGUCCCAAACGCUCUCAGAAGCCCCCGCUUCAGAACUCUGAGAAGGGCUCCAAGAAGGACCAGGCUCCUAAGAAGGCCAAAGAGAAGCUUCUGGAGAAAUGUUUGCCACACCCCUCUCCCAAGAACGUCAAACCCAGCUCUUCAAUCCUUUCGGAGAGCUCUCCGUCGAUGCCUGAAGACAGAAGUGGCAAGGAUCGGCGGCCCAGACAGCGCCUCAGUGAGGGUACUGAAAGCUCCCUGGACAAGCACUCUCUACACCUCCCCGCCAGCUGCGGGCUCAUGACCAGAGCCUUGAAGGCCGAGGAGGAGGGAGAGCUCAAGGCGGCGAGAGAAGAGAGAGCCUGCAGUGACGACGAGGACGACGUACUCUCUAACGUCAGGCUCAAAACCGAGUCCUCCAGGGGAGCUGUACCCUCCGCCAGCCUCAAGCCAUCCGCCGCUCACAAGCCCGACAGGAACCACGCCCGGAACGGUUCCUUCCGCCGGUCCGAGAACCCGCCCGCCACCGGGUCCAGCCACCCCCCCGUCCUCCCGCUCAAGAUCAAGAAGGAGAACGCGGUGUCGGACAUCUCGUCCUGCUCCUCGCCGUCUUCCUCCCUGUCCCCCAUGGACGCCUUCCAGGACGCCAAGGAGCUGAGCUUCAAGUCCCUGGUUAAGGAGGAGAGCGACUCGGGCGAGUCCGGAACCUUCCGCCCCCACAGCGGCUACAAAUUCAGCACCUUCCUGAUGCUCCUGAAGGACAUGCACGAUACCAGGGAGAAGGAGGGCAAGCCCUUGGCCAUGCCCCCCAGCCCGGCCCUGAUCAAGGAGGAGCCCCUGGUCAUCCCCACCCACCCUGGGGACGACCCCUCCAGGGGGCGCGGCGGGGGGGACCGGGCCCCCAGGGCCACGGUGCGGAACGGGAAGCCCCCGUCGGCCAGGAGCAAGCCCAGGACCACCAGGCCCAUCAUGAAGAGCGACACCUACAAGGUGGAGGGCAGGGUGGUGUUCCCUCGGGCGGCGGGGACCCCCGACAAGCCGCGCAGGAAGACGCCGCCGGCCGGCAGGACGAGGCCCGGCGUCUCCGGCCUGACCCCGGAGCUGGCCGACCUGGCCUGGGGGAGGGAGUUCGUCAGCGGGCACGCAGACCUGGCCGAGUCCGGGUCGGUUCGUCCGGUCGCCACCGCGGCCGCCGAGCCGUCGUCCAGCUACCUCGACAAGAGCUCAGACUGCAAAGUGGCUCCGAAGAAGCGCUGGCAGGCGUUCGAGGGGGGCCUGGGUGGGACUUCGGCUCUGGGGGGCGGGGCUGAGGUGAACGGGGUGUACAGAGACAAGCUGGGGGGGUCCCCAGACCCCGUCAGGUCCCCUGGUGCGACCCUGGAGAGGCUGGACGAGGGCUACUCAGACAGGAGCGACGCGGCAGCACACUCUGAAAACAAACGUCUUCGAAAACCCAGUAAGCGGCUCCUGGAGUCCACGGAGGAGUACGAACACAUAUUGGCCCCAAAGAAGAAAACAAAGAAGGUGACAGAAUCCUACAGAAUGGGCUCUGGGUCAAACUGUGACAGAGAAGGGCAGCAACAGGCCUCAGGAAGGAAUGUGCCCCCUCACCCGUGCACCUCUCCUGGGACAGACACCUCCAGCUGCACCCCUUGGGAGCUGGCAUCCCCGGAGCAGGGUCUGUCUCAAGAUGGCUGCCCUCCUGUACAACAGCAGUCACCGUUCCAGCCUUCACUAGAGUCUGACGUGUCAACAGAGGACGCAGAAAGGACAGACCUGUCUCCUCUGAACAGUGGCCACUUGGACAGGAAGAGACCCAGGAAGCCAUCCCACAGGAUCCUGGAGUGCACCAUAGAAGAAGUCUCCGUUGCUCCACCAAAGAAGAAGGAGGUGAAGAACGUCGGUGCAUGUUCCCCAGGGCCCCUUGACUCUCAGGCUGUAUCUGUGAAUAAGGAGGUGGCUGCUGUCUCCAGACCCUCAGGUCCCCCUGCCCUUCCAGGUGCACCGACCCCCUCUCUCCCAGCUGCAGCCCAGACCUCCGACAGCAGACCCCCCCCUCCGUCCCGCUCCGCCCCCAGGCCCCCUCGGCCCCCCAGCCCCCCCCUCCUCCACACUCCUAAGGUGGAGGCUAGGGUGGAGGAGGGAAGCCUGCCGGUCAAGCUCACUCCUGGGCAGGCGGCCAGCCAGAGACAGCCUAACGGAGCCAUGGCAACCAAACCAGAGGGGUUCUCUCCCAGUCUGAGUGACAGCUACCCUUCCCCUGGAGACGCCAUGUAUCCUAGCAACCGCAGGCCCGGGGUAGCAACAGCAGGAGCUCUGAGGGAGAACGUGUGCCAGGUGUGUGAGCGGUCGGGGGAUCUGUUGCUGUGCGAGGGGCAGUGCUACGGGGCGUUCCACCUGCAGUGUCUCAGCCUGUCACAGCCUCCCAAGGGGAAGUUUAUCUGCGGAGAAUGCAGAACAGGUGUGCACACCUGCUUCGUCUGCAAGAAGGCGAGCGACGGCGUCAAGCGCUGCCAGAUCCCCAUGUGUGGCAAGUUCUACCACCCCGAGUGUGUGUUCAUACACACGCCGGCGCAGCCCCAGAACAAGGGCUUCCGCUGCUCUCUCCACACCUGUCUGUCCUGCCACAUAGCCAACCCCCUCAACCCCUGCAGCUCCAAAGGUCGCCUGGCCCGGUGCGUGCGCUGCCCCGUGGCUUACCACGCCAACGACUACUGCAUGGCGGCGGGCAGCGUGGUCCUCGCCAACACCAGCGUCCUGUGUCCCAACCACUUCACCCCCCGCAAGGGCUGCAAGAACCACGAGCACAUCAACGUCAGCUGGUGCUUUGUCUGCUCCGAAGGGGGCAGUCUGCUGUGCUGCGAGUCGUGUCCCGCCGCGUUCCACCGGGAGUGUCUGAACAUCGACAUGCCCGCCGGCAGCUGGUUCUGCAACGAGUGCAAAGCCGGGAAGAAGCCCCACUUCAAAGACAUCCUCUGGGUCAAAGUGGGCCGAUACAGGUGGUGGCCGGCGGAGGUGUGUCUUCCCAAGAACGUUCCGGAGAACAUCCUGCGUAUGAAGCACGAGGUGGGGGAGUUCCCCGUCCACUUCUUCGGCUCCAAAGACUUUGUGUGGACCUACCAGGCCAGGGUGUUCCCCUACAUGGAGGGCGACGCCAACAACAAGGAGAAGAUGGGCAAGGGUGCCGACGCGGUCUACAAGAAAGCGCUGAACGAGGCAGCAGAGCGGUUCAGAGAGCUGCAGGCUGAGAAGGAGAUGAAACAGCUGCAGGAAGACCGGAGGAACGACAAGAAGCCACCUCCCUACAGGCACAUCAAGGUGAACCGUCCAAUCGGGAAGGUGCAGAUCAUCACGGCCGACCUAUCCGAGAUCCCCCGCUGCAACUGCAAGGCGUCGGACGAGAACCCGUGCGGCGUGGACUCUGAGUGCAUCAACCGCAUGCUGAUGUACGAGUGUCAUCCCCAGGUGUGUGUGGCCGGGGAGCGCUGCCAGAACCAGGCCUUCACCAAGCGCCAGUACAGCCAGGUGGAGAUCUUCAGGACCCUGGCCAGGGGCUGGGGCCUGCGCUCCGUGUUCGACAUCAAGAAGGGCGCGUUCGUGAACGAGUACGUGGGCGAGGUGAUCGACGAGGAGGAGUGCCGGGCCCGGAUCAGACACGCCCAGGAGAACGACAUCUGCAACUUCUACAUGCUCACGCUGGACAAGGACCGCAUCAUCGACGCCGGGCCCAAGGGGAACCAGGCGCGCUUCAUGAACCACUGCUGCCAGCCCAACUGUGAGACUCAGAAGUGGACGGUGAACGGCGACACCAGGGUGGGGCUGUUUGCCCUGCAGGACAUCCCCAAAGGUGUGGAGCUCACCUUUAACUACAACCUGGAGUGUCUGGGGAACGGGAAGACAGUGUGUAAAUGUGGAGCUCCCAACUGCAGUGGCUUCCUGGGCGUGCGACCCAAGAACCAGCUGUCUGCCGACAAGCUGAAGAUGAAGGAGGGGAAGAAGAAGGCUCAGGUGAAGAGGAAGAGCAAGCUGGAGGUGACGAAGGAGCGAGAGGACGAGUGUUUCAGCUGCGGCGACGGAGGACAGAUCGUGUCCUGUAAGAAGCCCGGCUGUCCCAAGGUCUACCACGCUGACUGCCUCAACCUCUCCAAGAGACCAGCAGGUCGCUGGGAGUGCCCCUGGCACCAGUGUGACGAGUGCGGAGGCGAGGCGGCGUCCUUCUGCGAGAUGUGUCCCAACUCCUUCUGCCAGGAGCACCGUGAGGGCAUGCUGUUCAUCUCCAAGCUGGACGGACGCCUCUCCUGCAGCGAGCACGACCCCUGCGGCCCGGAGCCCCUGGAGCCGGGGGAGAUCCGGGAGUACGUACCCAGCAUGACCUCUCUCAGGCCUGGGGGCAUGGGUCUGCCGGCCCCCCACCCUCUGGUUCCUCCCAGAGCCCUGGCUGGAUCCUCCUCCGCGGCCCCCCCCUCCACUGCGGCCCUGCCACCCUCCGAUCUCCAACCCACCACUGAACGGCUCUUCAUCAACACCUCUACCGCCAAGAUCCCCCCCCCCACCUCGGCACCCAGCCUCGGCCUCUACAGUGACCUGUCUUACAGCGCGGAAGGCAACCUCCACACCUCUCCCUCCUCCUUCAAGGAGGAGGAGGAAGAGGAGGAUGCGGGAGAGGAGGACGAGGAGGAGCAGGAUGCAGGGGAGGACGAGGAGGAGCAGGAUGCAGGGGAGGACGAGGAGGAGCAGGAUGCAGGGGAGGACGAGGAGGAGGAAGAUGGUGACCUGGAGGAUGGGGAGGUGGAUGGGUUGGACUUUGGGGAGGUCGAGGGGGAUGGGGAUGAGGAGGUAGAGGGGGAUGAGGAGCUGUUCCCAGGUCGCAUCUGUCAAAAGAAUGCCCUUCUGUUUGUCUGA